GGCUCAUUUUCCUACCGGCCAGGGGUACCAAUUACCGUAGACUGACUUCUUGGUUAGCCUCAUGGACUUUCGUCCGACGCGAUUGGAGGUGUGGAGAGAUUGGUCAGACGUUGGAGGUAUGGAUUGGUCAGAUAGGUGACCUUGACCCGAUUGAAAUGCCAAGGCGCUUGUCCUCCAAAUAUAUAAAGGCAUUGUGUAGUUCACCGACCCUCCCUUACACCGAUAUCAUUCGACAGGAACCAUCAUGGGCAACAAACACUCAUCUUCUGUGGUUCCCCAUCAAUCUUGCGAACAGCGCGUCGGCGUUAACAUCAAUCAUAAUCAUUCUGCUCCAGUAUCUCACAUCAGUCUGAGAUAUCACAAAUCACAGAGUUCACUAUUGAAAUCAAAAAUAUCGUCGCAUGACACACUUUCGUGCGAGAAGCCUUCGGCGCCUCCUCAUAAUCAUAAUCCGAACGUCACUCAUUUAUACCCGACACUGACAACAUACACACCCUUGACGCCCUCGAUCUCGCGACAAGAUGCUGAGGCACGCGCAUAUAGUGCAUUUCUCAAAUCGUUUCCAGAAUAUCAGAGCACCUGGAUACUUGAUACCCUCCGAAGAACAGAUUUCGCCAGAUUGGAUCGAACCGGUGAAACAUAUGUAGAUUACAUGGGUGGGGCACAAUAUCCUGAGAGCCUUGUUCGCGUUCAUAGCGCAUUCCUAACCGAAGCGGUCAUGGGAAACACACAUUCGGUCAGUAAUAGCUCCAAGUUAUCAUCACGAUAUGCUGACGAGGCGCGGGAUACGGUUCUUUCAUUCUUUCGAGCCCCGCCAGGGUACACCGUCGUGUUUACAGCAAAUGCAACGGCUGCAUUGAAGCUUGUUGGGGAGGCAUAUCCCUUCAAGUCCAAUAACGGCUAUAUCCUCGGUGCCGACUCUCAUAAUAGCGUCCAUGGAAUCCGAGAGUACGCUUUACGUCGCGGAGCUGAAGUACAUUACAUCCCAUCAACUAGUACUGGAGGUUUCGUUCUAUCUACUGCCAAGGAUAUCUUGAGUCAGCACAGACCACAGAACGCUUCUUCACUUUUUGCCCUAACCGGCCUUUCCAAUAUCUCUAACGCGAAAAAUCCACUCUCAAUCGUCGGAUUUGCAUCCUCACUUGGAUAUCACACACUUCUUGAUGCUGCCGCGUUGGCACCAUCAUCUGUCAUUUCUCUUUCGGAAACCCCUGUUGAUGCUAUGGUUGUGAGCUUUUACAAAAUGUUCGGUUAUCCAACGGGCGUCGGAGCCCUCAUUGUCAAGGAGUCGUUCUUAGAGAUCUUGGAGCGCCCAUGGUUCGCUGGUGGAACCGUUGGUGUCGUCCAGGUGCCAGGUUCGAUUUUUACUAGAACGAGUGUUCUUCAUGAACAGUUUGAAGAUGGAACCAUUAAUUUCAUGACGUUACCCGCGGUCACAGACGGUCUACGAUUUCUCUCUGUAUAUCUGCCAUUCCUCCCUCUCCGCCUCUCAUGUCUUACCCAUUAUCUUGUCACCUCGCUCUCUCGUCUGAGACAUGAUUCGACCGGAACCCCUGUCGUUAAUAUUCUAUCCAAGCUUCCUUCUAGGAGACUGAAGUCUAUUGGGGAACAGGGUGACAGCGGGUCUACAAUCUCUCUUAUCUUCCUCUCGCCUUCAGGGGAGAUGAUACCAAACAGCUUCAUUGAACAUGUUGCGGUGACGUGGAACAUUUCUCUUCGCACAGGUUGCAUGUGCAAUCCCGGGGGUGCAGCCUCGUUACUGGGUAUUCAAGACCAGAUGGAGCAACUGUAUCCUGGCGUCACGCUCAAAGACUUUGAGCGAGUGGUCGGCCGCGAGCUCGGUGUUGUGCGGAUUAGUCUAGGACUCGGAAGCAAUUUCCUGGAUGUGUGGAAGAUUGUGAUGUUCGCAUCAUCCUUGGCAGAUAGUCGUUCACGACAGGCACUCUGGGAAACUUGGACCAAUGUUCCUAUCGGACAGGCUAUGUAAGUAGGCUGGCUUACCACCGGAUAUCUGGUGUGCGGAGGAGAUAGACAAAUAAAACCCAUAGAAGUUACACAGGAGCGGAACCUUUACAACCUGCGUACUUUUUUUCUUGAUUAUUUCUCGCGUUGCGGAUUCAUAUACAUAGCCCAUCUCUUUCACCACGGAUCACUUGUAUAGCAUAGCAUAGCACCAUCUCAUCGUACACUUGUUUCAACACUUGUCCCACUUUGGUCUGGCAUCUCUUUUAUUAGACUUCUACGUCUUUUCACUGCUAUUCCUUUAAUUAGCGUAUCACAAUCCCCGAAUAAUCGGAAACACGUACAACCCCCUUUUGUUGAGCAUGUGAACACUUACAUUUCCGUUCUAGUGACCUCGUGGUACAUCACACGUGCGUUCCGCUAUGUCGCUGUCGGAACAUUAAUAUUAGCUGUGCCGCAUGACUGGGCGAUGCAAU